AUGCCCGAACUUCCCAACAUACGCUGGGGCAUUAUCGCUACGGGCCUCAUCUCCUCCUGGUUCGUUGAGGACAUUGUUCGGACCGAUCGCCCGCCCCCCCAGGCGACGCAUACCAUCCGAGCCAUUGGCUCCUCCUCGCUCCAGAAGGGCAAAGACUUUGUCGCCAAGCACAUUCCUCAGACGUCCCCCACCAUCUACGGCUCUUAUGAGGAAGUGUACAAUGACCCCAACGUCGAUGUGAUCUACAUUGGCACGCCACACGCCUUCCACAAGAAGAACUGCCUCGAUGCCAUCUCCGCGGGGAAACAUGUCCUCUGCGAAAAGGCCUUCACGCUGACUGCUAAGGAGGCCAGGGAGGUCUUUGAGGCUGCCCGGGCCAAGGGCGUCUACGUGAUGGAGGCCAUGUGGACAAGGCACUUUCCCCUCAUCAAGGCCAUGCAGAAAGUCUUGCACGAGGAAAAGGCCAUUGGCAAGGUGCAGCGGGCAUUCUGCGACUUUGCCAUCUUCCAAGACAUUGCCUCCAAAGGACCCGAAUCACGGUUGAAGAAUCCAGCCCUGGGAGCUGGCAGUCUGCUGGAUAUCGGUAUCUACAGCUUGACCCUGACCAUUCUAGGUCUGGAGCCGGCGUUGGGAAAGAAAGGGGCAGCAGAGACGCCGGCUGUGAGGGCCAUCCAGUCGCUCUCCGAUGGCGUGGACGUGAGCACCGCAGUGCUGUUACUCUACAAGGACGGGAGACAAGGCAUUGCCACCUCGCACAGCGACCUCAAGUCAGGCGACGAUUUUUGCCGCGUCGAGGGCAGUGAGGGCACGUUGAUUGUCCAUGGCCCGGCGGCGUCGGUGCCCAGCUCGUUCACCGUCGUGAAGAGGGGCGGCGGGGAGAAGAAGUACGAGUUUGAGAGGCCAGGAAGGGGCUUCUACUGGGAGGCUGAUGCGGUGGCGGUGGAUGUCCAGCAGGGGAGGACGGAGAGUCUUGUGAUGCCGUGGAGUGAGACCAUUCGGUUCAUGGAGAUUAUGGAUGAGGUGAGGAGGCAGGGUGGUGCCAGGUUUCCCCAAGACGAGCGGUAG